AUGUCGCCCGCUUCGUCCGCCGCCGCUGCUCACCUCGACGACCCCGUCCUCCCCACUUCGACCGCAGGGUCCCGCCCCAAGCGACGGCUCUCGAACGCGGCGCAGGCGGCAUGGAUGGACGCAGAGAUGGACGACGGCAUGCUCGACGACGACGAGCCCAAGUCGCGGGCGUCGAAGCGCAGCAGAGCGGCCGCACAGCUCGCGGGAGGAGGACUGGGCGGAUCUCCGAAGCAAGGGGGAGGCGCGCAGGGAGGAGUGCCGCCCAAGGCGCUCACGGAGAAGGAGAAGGAGGCUCGCAGGGUUGCUCGCAUGAUCCGCAACAGGAAUGCCGCCCAGGCUUCGCGCGACCGCAAGAAGGAGCACAUCCUGUGGCUCGAACGGCGAGUCGGAGAACUCGAGCAGCUCGUGCGCCAGUCAGGCAUCAAGGUGUCUGCCGGCCACUCUCCCUUCUUCGCCGGCGGAUCUGUCGCACCUUCUCCCGCUCAGAACCGCCUUCCCGCCAUCCCUCGCAACCAGCGGGAGACGAGUGUUGCGUCAGAAUCGUCGUCGUCGGGAUCAGGCCGUGUCGCCGACCUCGAGGAGGAGAACGACAGCCUUCGCUCGCAACUCCACCUCGAGCAGGUCGAGAAGCAGGAGCUCCUCGCCCGCCUCGAAGAGGUCGAAGAGCAGCUCGCGCGUGUCUCGCAGGCGCCCGACGCAACCCUCGCAUCGUCCUUCUCGCCCUUCUCCAGCUCGCUCGUCCCCCUCCCUUACACCGAGCCCACGUUCGCAUUCGACACCCAGAACCUCUCGCCUCUCCCGCAACCUGAAGAACUCGCCUUCGUCGAGGAGCGCGACCGGCAGCGGCAACUCGCCUCUCGCCGGACGUCGGCAACACCAGAGUCGGGCAGCGACGGCACAGGCAAGACGGAAGGAGCGGAACAGAUCUCGGACGGUAGCUCUCGCCUCGUAGCACCGGAAGCUACCCACGAGUCUGUCGCCGCGUCCUCUCCCCUUGCCCUCGCCCUCUCUGCCUCGUCUCUUCUCGCCGACACGCCCUCGCUCACCUCGUCCGCCUCGUCGACGUCUUCGCGGUCGUCGGUUCUCGAGCUCGACAUCUCGUCGACCCCGCCUGCGACCGAAUCCUACCUCGACCUCGAAGACGCCGUCGUCGCGCCCGUCUGGUCCGACUGGGCCAAGGGCGUCCUCCUUCCCGACGAGUCGUCCGGCAAGCCAGGUGCUGCCGAUGACGAGUCGGCUCUCGCCUUUCUCGACCUGAGCGCCUUCCACGACGCCCCGGCGGCCAUCGCCUCGCACUAG